AUGGGAAAUACUGUCGGUGACAUAGCUUUCCCCGAUAACCCCAGACGUCGCAAGCGUGCAGAAGGCUUGCGGCAGGACAUUCUACAAUUCGUGCAAGACUUUGAGCGGGAGAAGGCCAAGAAGGAAGAAGUAUUCAAUCAACUCAAGGCAGAGUUGGAUGCCGUCCUGUCCAAGUUGGGCGUGAAUACGCGAGAUGAACUGGACGAGUACAUCCGUAAGAACAUGAAGAAUGAUGCGGACCUUAGGGCCUAUGAUAAAUUGCGGGAGAGACUGAAGAUGGAGUUCCUGGUAGUAUGGGACAAGAGCGAUCAUGCCGCAACCCUGAUCGUGGACAUUCUGGGUCUGGUAGGCAUGGACACGCUAGUCAUCGCGGGGGCAGCCGUCGUGUUAGGCAUAAUCAGCUUUGCAGCUGCUCUCGGUGCUCUCGAGCUCGUUGCUGGGGAUGUCAUUCAUAAGAUGCUCAGCAAGCGAGCCGAGGCAUUCCAAUGUGUGCAACGUAUGAGGGUCCUCAACUCGUGGGCCUUGUCUAUUGUGAACGAUUUGAAAAAAGGCAAGUUCUUCGAACAGCUCAAGGAUCUACUAGAAGAGGGUCUCAAAGAGCCAUGGAAUCAGUGUACUCUCGGAUAUUGCCAGGAAAAACUCCGAGAGACCGAUGUGCAGAGCGGUGCCUGGAUGGAUGAAGACGGCGGCCCAUCCUAUUACUCUUCCGUUUCUGCCCGGAAACUCCUGGAGCCUACCGAUGCCCAUGGCAAGGUCGUGCGUGCGAGGCUCGUCUUUACACCUCUCGACACGGGGGUACGUCAGUCGGUGACAUUGAUGGUCCGUGGGGCCAUCUCCAGUACCAUCUGCAUUGCAACGUCUGGAAAGGACACUUGGUUCCUCAGUGGCAAGCCAGUUGAGAAGCUCUCUGAAUUGGAGAACGAGCGGUACGACCUUGAGCGCAUCCCCCAGGGCAGGACUAGCACACAUGAUGUAUUCCAUGCAUGUCGCCUCGAGGUGGACAGCUAG